CUGGCCCGGUGUCAAGGUGGUUGCUCCAUCCCUGCGCAGGGGCCGGAGAGCAGAGAGGGGACAGGGAAGGCUGGAGAGGGGACAGGGAAGGCUGGAGAGGGGACAGGGAAGGCCACCCUGCCCGUGGCCAUGAGCGCAGGCAAAGGUGUCACCCUCCUGCUCCCCCUGGCCCUGCUGCUGGCCAGCGCCUCCCAGCCCCCCGGGGAGGAGAGUCCCAAGGAGCAGGGGGACACCACAGACCCCCCACGCUGCCCCAGCCCCUGUGCCUGCAGCUUGGACGACUACAGCGAGGAGCUCAACGUCUUCUGCAGCGCCCGCAACCUGACCCACCUGCCCGAGGACCUGCCCCCCAACGCCAAGGCCCUCUGGCUGGACGGCAACAACUUCACCCUGCUGCCGGCUGCUGCCUUCAGGAACCUCUCAGCCCUGGACUUCCUGGACCUGCAGAGCAGCCAGCUGGUCACGGUGGAGCAGCACGCCUUCCACGGGCUGAGGGGCCUCUACCACCUCCACCUGGAACGCAACCGCCUCAAGUACUUGGCUCCCCACACCUUCCUGCACACCCAGAACCUCGUGUCCCUCAGCCUCAACAACAACUACUUCAGCAAGGUGGAGGAAGGGCUCUUUGCUGGGCUCUCCAACCUCUGGUACCUGAACCUGGGCUGGAACUCGCUGGUGGUCCUGCCUGACAAGGUCUUCCAUGACUUGCCCAACUUGAGGGAGCUGAUCUUGGCCGGGAACAAGCUCCCCUACCUCCAACACCAGCUCUUCUGCAGCCUUACCGAGCUGAAGGAGCUGGACCUGAGUGGAAAUGCACUCAAGGGCAUCAAGAUCAACGUCUUUGUCAAGCUGCAGAAGCUCCAGAAGCUGUACCUGAACCACAACCAGAUCAACGCCAUCGCGCCCCGCGCCUUCGUGGGCAUGAAGUCCCUCAGGUGGCUGGACCUCUCCCACAACCGCCUCGCCUCGCUCUUCGACGACACCUUCCUGGGCCUCCUCAACCUGCACGUCCUCCGGCUGUCCACCAACUCCAUCACCAGCCUGAGGCCCAGGACUUUCAAAGACCUCCAGUUCCUGGAGGAGCUGCAGCUGGGGCACAACAGGAUCCGGAGCCUGGCAGAAAGGACCUUUGAUGGGCUGGGCCAGCUGGAGGUCCUCAGCCUCAACAACAACCAGCUACAAGACAUCCGGGUCGGGGCCUUCCUGGGGCUGUACAACGUGGCGGUGAUGCACUUGUCAGCCAAUUGCAUCAAGGUCCUCCCCAGCUAUGUCUUCAAGGGGGUCACCAAGCUGCACAGCCUCCACCUGGAGCACAGCUGCCUGGGCAGGAUCCGGGCAAACACCUUCUCCGGCCUGUCCAGCCUGAGGAGGCUCUUCCUGCAGCACAACACCAUCUCCCUCAUCGAGGACCAGAGCUUCAGCGACCUGCACGAGCUCCUGGAGCUCGACCUGAAGCACAACAGGCUGAGCCACCUCUCACCCCAGCUCUUCGUGGGCCUCAGCAACCUGGAGUACCUCUUCCUCUCCUCCAACCAGCUCCUGGAGAUUUCCCAGGACACCUUCAGCCCGCUCAAGAGACUCUUCUGGCUCGACCUCUCCCAUAACCAGCUGGAGACGCUGGACACCACUGUCAUCUCCCCUCUGGCCAACCUGAGGUACCUCAGCCUGAGGAACAACUCUCUGGAGACCUUCUCGGUGGGCUUCCUGUGCCCCUCCUUCGCCCUGGAGCAGCUGUGGCUGGGGGGCAACAACUGGCACUGCAACUGCUCCCUGAAGGGGCUGCGGGACUUCUCCCUGCAGCACCCCGUGGUGGUCCCGCGCUUCGUGCAGUCGGUGGCCGAGGGGGACGACACCCACGUCCCCAUCUACACCUACAACAACCUCACCUGCCUCCACCCCCCGGCCAUGGCGGGCCUGGACCUCCGCGACACCACUGAGGACAGCUUUGCCCACUGCUGAGGUGCACUGGCCCUUCCUGGAGGACACGCUGCUUCCUGGCCACGGCCACUGGUCUGGUCACCUCCCUGGCCACACACCUUGGGUUCCCCGGGGGCAGCAGCAGGAGCUCCAGCUCUGUGGUCACCCCAGCUCUUGCCACCACCACCUCCAGCUGCCCACCUUGGUGCUGCCACAGCAGGGAGAGCUGGGCCUGGGCUGUGCUGGAUGGGCACCAGGUCCCCAGGCUUCAAAAAUUUAAGAUUUCAGAACUUUCAUAUUGCAACAGCAGCUCCUGGAGCAACCACCCCCACCAGGAACAUCACACUGGAACAGGUUGCCCAGGGAAGCUGUGGCUGCCCCAGCCCUAGCAGUGUUGAAGGGCAGGUUGGAUGGGGCUUGGAGCAGCCUGGGCUGGUGGGAGGUGUCCCUGCCCAUGGCAGGGGGUUGGAUCUGGAUGAUCUUGAAGGUCCCUUCCCACCCAAACCAGUCUGGGAUUCCAUGAUCUCCGAGCCUCCAGGAUGGGGGAAAAGCCCCCAGCCCAGAGCCACCCCACAGCCAGGGCCAGGACUCAGCACUGGAACAAACCCAAAGCGUUCUCCUGCCACAGAGCAGCUGAGAAACCCUAAAAGGCCCCCUGGCAGGAGUGGGGAAGGAGGUCCCACCCCGUGGAGUCCCUCCUGUCCCAGCAGGUGUGGGCAGGGAGAGGCACACAUCACUUUCCUGAUAAAUCCCAGCAGACAAAUAAACCUUUGGAGCUAUUGCAA